CCUGGGGCGGGCCCGUCGGCCGGGAGAAUGGUCGCCUCCCGCCGGCUCUGUUUUCUCGGGCCGUGAUCGACGCUCUCCAUCCCUGUGUUGCCCCUUCCUCGUCUGCUCCUCCCCCCCUUUUUCUCUCCUCUCUCUCUCUCCCUGCCCCCUCGGCCUCUUGAGACAUCAUGAGCGGGCUGCCACAUCUUCUUGCGAGUCAGCCGCCGGUGAGCUCAUCGUUGCUGGGCGCGCGCGACGGGGGCACGCCCCUGCCAGCCGGCCAGCCGGCGCCGGCGGAGGCCCUCGCGCGUGCUGAGCACCUGAUUUGGGGCUAUCCCACCUCGCUGACGGCCCUCUCGGACAAUGCCCGGGCCGUUUCCUAUCCAUCGGGGCAUGCCCUGCCGCAUGCGCAACUCUUCUGGCCCCCGGGGCUGGCGCUGUACACCUGCAUCCCGCGCGAUGGCGUGCUCCCGGGGAUUGGGCUGCCGUUUGUGCCCUCCCGGUGAUGGGUGUGUAAUGGAGCUGUGUUCCGCGCGCGCGCGCGCGCGCGCGGCCUAACGUCGUGA